AUGACAUCGGAGCCCAAGUCAUCCACGAUCAGCAAUUUUUAUUAUGCGUGCCGUAAUGGACAAAUAGAUAAAGUUCGUGAACAAUUACGUAUCAUGACUGUAGAAGAAGUCGAUCAAAUUCAAGCCAAUGGUUCUACUGCACUUCAUGCUGCUUGUUAUUAUGGUCACACAGAAAUAGUUAAAUUAUUGCUAGACAGAGGUGCUAGUCGCUCAAUACAAAACGAACACAAAUGUUUACCUUAUGAUGAAACUGAAAAGGAUGAAAUUAAGCAACUAUUUUUGCGAAAAUCCCAAACUCGAUUUUCUGAUGAUGGAUCGGGUCAUAUUGAUUGGAUGAAGUGUGACGAUAAAGCUGAAUCUAUUGCAAGUGAUUAUCUUUAUCGUCAUAGUGGAUUUGGAUGGCAAAGUAAAAAUGUUGAUUAUCGUUUGAAAUACAUUAAAAGUGAAAUGUCUUACACUGAAAAAGAAAAUAUUAAAAGAUGGAUUGAUCAAGCAGAAAAAGAUCCAUUUUAUCUUCUUAAGGCUUAUACAGUUGAAUCCGAUUUUUAUGCUAAAUUAAAUCGAGAUUUAGCAACAAAACACUUUGAUCAAGGUACAAAUUUUGGUAUAACAUUUUUUAUUGAUUUUUUCUAUAAUCAUCCGGCAUUCAAGAUUUUAUCAUAUAAAGGAAGAGUUUAUCGCGGUAUGACUAUUACUCAAGACGAUUUAAAACAAUACAUUGUUGGAGGUAAAGUUAUGAAUAAAGCAUUUAUGUCAACAACAAAAGAUCGAAAUAUUGCUGAACAAUUUGCGAAAAAAGAUUUAACCAAUCGUAAACAACAACAUGGUGCAAAUGUUAAAUUAUCGGCUCUUUGUAUAUACGAAAUAAUUAAUGAUCGAACAGGAUUAAAUAUUGAAGAUAUAUCUGAAUAUAGAAACGAAAAAGAAGUAUUAGUAGGUCCAUACACAGCUUUUAAAAUAACAGCAGUACAUCGGGUUGACUCAAAUUAUAUUGAAAUUGAUCUUCAGGAAUGCAAGAAAGUAAAUUAUCAAGAUGAAGAUGAAAAUGAUGAUUUUGAUGAUGAUUAA